AUGAUACAGCGAUCACACGAAGCCAGUGAGCUGCAGUCGGCCAUCCCUUGUAACUCCCGGAUCAUCAUGGGCCCUCAAACUAUACAGGUUCAUCCAGCUCUCAGGUCACUAGGGAGAGUUUGCCUCCAGUCCCCUCUUCCCCCCAGUUAUUCCAACGUGCGGUCAGACUCUGGUCCAGUUACUUCAUGUGGUGGCCACUGGCACUGCACGGCGCGGACAAUGCACUCCCCAAGCGAGAGAUUUCCAUCCUGUUUCUUGAGGAUGAAAGCUCGGAGCGAGGCUGUUUGCUCUGGUUGGCCGAGACAUUCUUGGUGCCUGGUACGUAAGGGAGCUGCUGGGCUUUGCUUGGCUAGGCGACUUUGCAUCACUGGACAGUGGAUGUUGGUGGAGCCCUAA